GGGGCUCUCGAGGUUCCACCGAUGCUCGCAGGAAGACGAUUCGGCUGCUUCGGAGAACAACUAUGUUCGUGGACAACAUCGAGCGCGUUUUAGCACUGCUCGCGGCCUUGGCCGCAUGCGGCGCUGUUUCGGCGCUGUACCCGCGCGAGUCGGAGACAAGGGAGGUGAAACUUUUGGACGGGGUGUGGAACUUUCGUGCAUCCAGCGAUUUUGAUCCUCAGGAAGGCUUCGUCAAGAAAUGGUUCCAGCAACCACUUUCACUGACGGGGCCGGUGAUUCCGAUGCCCGUUCCUUCAAGCUUCAACGACAUAACGCAGAGCAAGGCGUUGCGCGACUUCGUCGGCUGGGUAUGGUACGACGUGGAGUUCUUCUCGCCGGCUCGCUGGGAUCAACAUAGUGAUGUCGGACGACUUCGCGUGUUUCUCCAUUUCGGCGGCGUCCACUACGAGGCUAGGGUCUACCUGAACGGGGAGCCCGUAGUGUCUCAUGUAGGCGGCCACCUGCCUUUUUCCGCAGAAAUUACGGAAGUUCUCCGCUACGGGCGCAAGAACCUGCUGACUGUUGCGGUGAACAACACGCUUACCGCGGCAACCAUUCCCCAGGGUACACUGUUCCGACCGAAUGACACCAUUAGGUAUCCGGAGGGCUACUAUCGCCUGGAUGUGCCCUUUGACUUCUUCAACUAUGCGGGCAUCCACAGGAGUGUCACUAUGUACACAACUCCAGCUGACUUCAUAGACGACGUCCACUUCGUGACCAAGAAGGCCGUGGAUAAAAUCGCUGCGGUGAUCGAGUUCAGCAUUGAUGUGAAGACCAAGAACGGGACGCCGCCCAACUGCCGCGUGGCCCUGCUGGACGAUCGAGGUGACGUGGCCGCUUCGUCCGCGGGCUGUGCUGGUCAGCUGUGCCUCAGAGACGCCAAGCUGUGGUGGCCCGUGGGCAUGCACAGCGAACCGGGAUACCUCUACACGGCUAGGGUAGAAGCCACAGUGGCCGGCAACAUCGAUGUCUACUAUCAGAAAGUAGGCGUACGCACCGUGCGGGUCACCAAUGACAGUUUGCUAAUCAACGAUCGGCCCUUCUACCUGAUGGGCUUCGGCAAGCACGAAGACUCGAACAUUCGUGGCAAGGGUCUGGACAUGGCACUGGUUGUGAAGGACUUCAACUUGAUUAACUGGCUAGGCGCAAACUCGUUCCGCACGUCUCACUACCCGUACGCCGAGGAGAUCAUGGACCAGGCGGACGCCCAGGGAAUUGCUGUCAUCGACGAGGCACCCGCUGUCUCCCUGUCCUCGUUUGAUGACGUCAUGCUGGAACAGCACAAAGAGCGCAUGAGGGAGAUCGUGCAACGUGACAAGAAUCGGCCCUCGGUCAUCCUCUGGUCACUGGCCAACGAGGCGAGCACCAACAAGCAUCCGGCAGGUCACUACUUUGCCCGUCUAGCGCAAUACGUUCGCAAGCUGGACGCCACGCGGCCCAUCACUGCUGCCAUCAAUAAGAAGUACGACCAAGACCUCGCGGGUGACCACUUGGACGUCAUCAUGCACAACAAUUACCCGGCAUGGUACAGCGACGUAGGCUCGACCGAGGUCAUCGUUCCGCAGAUCGUGGACGAGUACAAGCACAUGUGGCAGCGGUACCGCAAGCCCAUCAUGAUAAGCGAAUACGGAGCCGACUCCAUUCCCGGGAUCCACGCCGACCCGGUCUUCGUCUUCACGGAAGACUUCCAGACGGAAGCCCUGGGCUGCUUCCAUCGGGCAUUCGACCAGCUGCGUGAAAGCGGCUUCUUUUUCGGCGAGCAUGUGUGGAACUUUGCCGACUUCAUGACUACGCAGAAAGGAAAUCGGGUCUAUGGGAACCGCAAGGGAAUCCUCACGCGAGAGCGCCAGCCCAAAGCGGCGGCCAAAGUGAUACGCUGCCGCUAUUACAAACUGGCCAACAGGAUGCUGCCAGAUCACGAUGCAUACUGUAUACCGGACGGACGGCCGUAAAUAAAUGGCUAUGCAUACGUAUACAAA